AUGGCCUCCCGUGUCCUUGUCUCUGGUCUUCCCCGGUCCCUCCCUCCCCUUCCUCCGGGGCCUGCCCCUACAUGCAUCCCCUGUGCCGAGGGGCAGCAGCGGGCUGCCCCUCACUCCUCCCAGUUUCCUUCGACAGAGGCCCCGCUGCAGACGCUUCACAUGGACGUGUGGGGCCCGGCCCGCGUCCGUGGACAGGGUCACGAGCGCUACUUCCUGGUGGUGGUUGAUGACUACUCGCGUUACACCACAGUCUUCCCCUUGCGCAGCAAGGGUGAUUUCACUGAGGUGUUGAUCGACUGGAUCCGCGCAGCUCGUCUCCAGCUCAGGCAGAGUUUCGGCUCGAACUUUCCUGUUCUGCGUCUGCACUCUGACAGAGGCGGAGAGUUCUCCUCUGGCCUUCUGCGAGCCUACUGUCAUGCACGAGGCAUCCGCCUGACCUUCACGCUUCCGGACUCUCCACAGCAAAAUGGGAUUGGUGAGCGCCUCAUUGGCAUGGUCAUGGACGUCGCCCGUACGUCCAUGAUGCAUGCGGCUGCCCCCAAUCUUCUGUGGCCGUUUGCGGUUCGGUACGCGGCGCAUCAGAUCAACCUUCACCCCAGGGUCUCCAUGCCGGAGACCUCCCCAGCUUUGCUGUGGACGGGGAAGGUUGGCGAUGCGUCUGCGUUCCGUGUCUGGGGAUCUCGGGCGUUUGUCCGCGACUUGUCUGCGGACAAGCUGUCCCCUCAUGCUGCUCCCUGCGUCUUCCUUGGCUUCCCCCCUGACGCGCCAGGGUGGCAGUUCUACCACCCCACCUCUCGCCGUGUUCUGUCCUCCCAGGACGUCACGUUUGACGAGUCGGUCCCCUACUACCGUCUCUUCCCCUACCGCACUCCGUGUGUCCCAGGUAGACGCAGUUGA